UACGACAUUAAGAUGGAAGAUUGUAAAACUGCCAAAUUCGGGAACUGCCCACAAAAUAUGAAUCAAUUUAACUCGUUAUCGGAAUGCCAGGAUCGUUGUCGAGAUCCCGGACAACACGCAAUAAAAGUUAAUUUAUCAGAAAGUAUUUAUUGUCGGCUGCAACCUGAUUUCGGCCAGUGCAACGACUAUUACCCAUUGUGGUAUUUUGACAUCUCUAUUCGAUCGUGCAGAGGUUUCUCAUACAGCGGCUGCGGCGGGAACCACAACAGGUUUCCCAACGCCCAGAUCUGCGCCGCAGUUUGUGGAGCUGUUGUUACAUAUUUGUGA